AGGAUCGUCCUGGACAGACGAUUCCAUGGAUUUUUUUUUGUUUUUUAUUUUUAACGGAUGGCGUGAUUUCUUAGGUUAUGUUAUUAUUAUUAUUAAUAUUGUUAUUAUUAUUAUUAAUAUUGUUAUUAUUAUUAUAUUUAUUAUCAUUAUUGUUAUUAUUAUUAAUAUUGUUAUUAUUAUUACUAUUAUAUUUAUAUUUAUUAUUAUUAUAUUUAUAUUUAUUAUUAUUAUUAUUAUGGUUAAUAAUUUUGUUGUUGUUAUUUUUAUAAUUGUUAUUAUUAUUAUUGAAAUAUUUUAUUAAAGUAAUUGUUGGUGAACUAGCCAUCUGGGUUUCAACAAUUUGCUGGUAAGACGAUUCCCGGAUUUCGAGUUGCGCAGUACGAGGAUUCAGGACCGCGUCAUCCGCAUUCACGUGGUGUUUCCGCUUCCGUUAGAAGGACGCGGAUGAACCCGACUGAGCCGCGACGUCAGCUUUAGUUACACGAUGAGGGUGGUGCGGCGUACGAUGCAAUGGAGCAUCAUGAUGUAGAUGAGGGGGGGAUGUUCUUUACGGUGAUGAUGUUCAUGAGUCAGUUUUGCAUGAGUUUGAGAGAGAUGUAGAUCCUACAGUUGAUGAUCGUUGGAAUGUUCGUAAGGGUAGGGGUGGGCGAUUUAUUCAGGGAGAGGGGAGUUCAUCGGCUGUUGAGAGUCGAAAAGGAAAGGGGAAAGAUGUUGAUGACCUUAGCUGGAAGGUCACAGGUCCAGUUGCAGGAGGACCUACGGUUGGGUCAGUUAUCCCUAGUUUUGGUGGACACGUAGCUAUGGAGAUUUGGGGAGGGUGGGAUAGAAUUCCCCUGAAGUGUCAGACCCGAGAGAGGAUUUGUGCACGUUUGAGGACAUGGGUUAGGACAUUGCCUCCACCGAUACAGGCUCGUCUUCGUAGGACGUCUCUGUACCAUAUCCCUUUUACUAUGUUCACACACAUUGAUGCACCCUUGAUUUCAGCAUUUGUCGAGCGGUGGCAACCCGAUACGAGUUCUUUUCACCUACCGUUUGGGGAGAUGACGAUCAUGAUGCAUGAUGUAGUGCAUAUAUUGCAUCUUCCAGUUGAGGGGUGUCUGGUUCAUGACACCACUUCAUCUGGUGCUCUUAGGGGUUUGGUUGCUGACUUGAUCGGUAGGACAGUUGCAGACCUUGGGAGUCCAUUUUGGGAUAAUGGUGCUAUUAGUGCACAGGGGGUUGCUGAGAUUCUGUCAGAAGAGCCACCUGCUCCAUUGGAGAGACAGCUGACGGGUAUUAUAUGGUUGAUUUUAGGGUGUUGUUUGUUCACAGAUAAGAGUGGAUCGAGGUUGAGACCAUUUGACCUUGUUGAGGCCAGUUCUCCAGAUAGCAUUCAGACGUUCUCCUGGGGGUCGGCUACACUUGCGUACUUGUAUCGUCAGUUGGGUGAGGCUAGUCGGACCUCCACAGUUGGGAUCACUGGAUGUUUGACUUUACUCCAAGCAUGGAUUUAUGAGUACUUUCCAUGCUUCAGGCCACGCGCACAGCAUAUUAGUGGUGGGGGAGGUCCACGAGCGCAGAGUUGGACUGUGUACCCGGAGAAGAGGUCUCAUGACCGUCUUUGUUCCAUCAGGAGACAGCUGGACACUCUCACAGCAGAGGAUGUGGAUUGGUUGCCUUAUGGUCAUGAUUUUGAUCCGACCACCAUCUCGAGAACAUUAUACAGGGGUACCAUUCGAUAUCGGGGAGUCGUCGAGCCCUAUAUGCCUGAUCGAUGUUUGCGGCAGUUAGGUCGUAUGCAGAUUGUACCUGUUCCUGUUAUUGCUCCAGAGUCUGCAUCUAGGCCUAGCAAGGGAAAGUAUGUUGUGCAAUCUUCUCCUGUCUACUGUGAGUCAUCAUGGUCCUCGUUCCCGACAGGUUUCACUGACGGAAAUGCACUUGUAAUGGCUUUUAUGAUGUGUCGUGGUUUCACAUGGGCUGCAUUAGUUCUCCAACAAACUUCUUCGCACCGGGACUGA